AAAUGUGAUGCCCGAUGAACCAGACGCAGGGUUAAAAAACACACCUAUUAAUUUUGGUCUGUACCAUUUGUAGUAAGGAAGCGGGGAUGCUAUGUUCAACCGUGCAUUUUAAUUGUUCCUUUAUUUUUUUAGAGACUGACGAAUUUACAUAUGUGCACAUUUCGUGACGUUUAUAAGACACAUUUAAUAGGUUUUGUGUUGUUUAAUACAAAAGAACAAAGGUUAUUUCGGAAUGCACGAGAGCGUCCCCCCUAGCGGUUACCAUAACAACACUGUCGUUCCCUCUGCCACAAAGACGUUUUCUAAUGGCCGACCAUAAACCGUACCGAAAUUGUGUACUGUAGUUUUUUUAUUUUUUCAAUUCUUAAAUAAACGAUACGGGACGCAUUGUUUAUGAAAAAAAGAAUAUACGUUUAGUUUUUGAGUUCUUUCUGACAUCCCAGUGUUCUGAUUGGUCGGAUGUAGUGUCAACAUAGAUUUUUGUUUACUGUAGCUGGCUGGAAUGUUAGCUAGCUAACAUGAUUAGCUAUGGUCAGUAAAUUUGUAACAUCUUACAAAUAUUGCUGUCUUUUGUUCGAGGAGUAAGUUUGGAUUUACCAGAAGUCACGAUCACGCAAGUGUGGCGCUGCAGUGUCGUUUGAGGCCAAGAUGAUCGAGGUGGCAGCGUCCAUGGCCCGAGGCCCAGUGUUUCUAGCCGGGGAACUCAUGGAGUGCCUCAUAACGUUCACCAACCCGAUGUCUCACCUGUCCACUUCUGCAAGCAGCGAGAUGUUGGCAUGGGCCAGUGCCCAGAUUCACUGUCAGUUUCACGCCAGUGAGAGCAGAGUGGCCCUGCCAUCCCAGGGCAACAAGGACGUCCAGGCUGAGAGCGACACAGUGCUUAUUCCAAGCAGAGGAGAGCGUGGGCAGUGUGUACUGGACACACCACCUAAGAUAUUAUUCUGUGACUUGUGUCUGGAUCCUGGAGAGAGCAAAACUUAUUCGUACAGUGAGGUUGUACCUGUCGAUGGGCCUCCUAGUUUCCGUGGUCAAGCGGUAAAAUAUGUCUAUAAACUUACAAUUGGCUGCCAGAGAGUCAAUUCUCCUAUCAAACUACUCCGAGUUCCCUUCAGAUGCGGCAUGCCAGAGCCUCCAUUUCCCCAGGAUGAGGAGGUUUCCCCAUCCAACCCAUUCCUGGAGGAGGAGGAAACGAGCCGUAGGGAUGCCCGGCCUUUGGAAAAAGCACUGGAUAUGCUGAUGAUCACCACUUCAAGACGUUGCCCCCGCAUGUUUAACAUCACAAAUAUGCGUGGGAAAGUGGCAAAGUUUUGCAUUUUUAAGACUGUUUACCGACUCGGUGAAGACAUCAUUGGAACAUUCAACUUCUCAGAGGGAGACAUCCCCUGCUUACAGUACUCCGUUAGCCUUCAAAGUGAGGAAGAGAUUCAGCAACAGUACCUACGUCGGCCCGGUCAGACUAUCAGUGUGACAGGACAUGGACGACACGUGGAGUCCUGCCUGCACACAGCCUCCAGCCACUUCUCCCUGCCUAUUCCCCUCAACGUCACACCAGGUUUCAGCACAGACAUAGUGACCCUCAGGUGGCGGCUGCAUUUUGAAUUUGUCACUGCUCGGGAACCACUGGAGCCUCCCACUGUUCUGCAAAAUCAAUCGGAGGUCACAGUUUGGGCCGGGACGGAGCAUGUUGAUGUGGACACAUUCAGCUGGGAUUUGCCCAUCAAAGUUCUUCCCACAAACCCAGUCCUGGCAUCCUACAUGUCCCAGUUUACAGGGACCAACAGCAUCGAUAUCUGACCAUUGUGUGUGAUAGACUGUGAGCAUAAGGUACUCUAGAGUUAAUACUGCGUCCCUUGUGUGUGUGUGUGUGUUUGUGUGUGUGUGUGUGUGUGUGUGUGUGUGUGUGUGUUUGUGUGUGUGUGUGUGCGUGUGCGUGUGUCAGAGAUAGAAAAACCUUUCUGUCCGAAAUUGAAAGCAGUUAAUCUGUUUUUAUUGGCUCAAAUGCACAGAGCCAGUGUUUUUUUCCUAUGUUAGAUAAACAGCUUGUGUUUUGCCUUCGUAAAUCUUACAUAAAGAAGUCAACACAGACUGUGUGCAGUGCAACAAUUUCUCUUAUUGUUGUACAUUUCUGUAUUACUUCUUUAUUGACCUUUCAUUCAUUUGCACGCCUUUCUUUUCAUUUUAGGAAACAACUGUUUAUUAUUAAGUGCAUUCAUUUACUUUCAUCUGUGUACUGAUCUGAAAAUACAAGAUACAUUUUAUUAAAGUGUGAUAGAAAAUAUA